UAAAUGCCAAUGCUGUUGUCAGAAAUGUUGCCACAAAUUUGACGAGAGUGCAACGCGAUGGAGCUGCCCAAAAACACUUGCAAUUCUGCCUUUGCGCCAAUCCUGCUGCUCCUGCUGCUGCUCCUGCCCAGCCUUAACUCCGCUCAGCUGCAGCCACAUCAUUCGUACUAUCAUCAUCAUCAUCACCCCAGAUCUCAGCUGUACUACGAGGCGCCACGCCUAAGGCGUUACGAGUAUGCCCCCAGCUCCUACAUCACGGGCUAUCCAUUGGCCACCGCUGCCUCCGCUCCCGCUCUCGCUGGGCACUACCAGCAGCAGCCACCGAACUUCCAGCUGAUCAACUAUCGUCCCAGCUAUCAGCCUCUGGCCCUGGAGUACCAGCAGCAGCAGCCGCCCCUGCCAGUUCCUGCACCGGUGCUGCCCUCCAUCUAUCCACAGCCGAGCGUCCAGUACCAGCAGCGAUCCAUUGCCCCGCACAUGGAGCUGGCCAAGUAUCGUUACGAGGGGAAUUAUCUGCCAAUCCAAAGGGUCGUAGGACCAGUUCCGCCUCUCCAGCAACAGCAGCAACAACAACAGCAGCAACUGCGUCGCGUGGAGGAGCCACUGCAGCAGCUUUACAACGUGCCACCGGCUCUGUUUACCAGCGAUGUGCUGCACGUGAUUCCGCCAAGGAUAGCCAGGCUGCAGGAGCAACAUCAGCAGCCGCAGCAACAGCAGCCGCAAACGGAACGUCCCAGACGCAAUGCGCAGGUUGACUUACAGGCGGAUGCAGAGACUGCAGAGACCAGAAGUCAGCAAAGGGAGGCUGCAGAAACCAAAUAUUUUCAUGAUAUUUUUAUGCGUUUCGAUGGACCCCAUUCGCGCUCCCACGGACAUGUCCUGAAGCAGCCCAAGGCCGAGGAGCGACGCUUUGAGAUGCAGCGUGGCACCAAUCGCUACAAGGGGGAGGUAAUUUGGACAGAUCGUCAGGGCAGUCAUGGCGAGCAUCGCUGGGACAUGGCUCAGGGAAAACUCUGAGCGCAAAAAGGAUUCUGAUCUCACUUUCAUAUUUGCAUAUUCCUCUGCCACCAAGCACUCUCCGCUCCCCUAGCCCCUGCUCUCUCACUGUACAUACCCAUAAUCAUAUAUAAAGAUCGUGACUUUUCAUAA